UCCCCUUCCCUCCUGCGUUUCAGUUCCCCUCCUCUGCCAAGCGCUCUGAAACUGGAAACAGAUUGGGAGUUGAUCCUGGCUUUACCUCGCCCCCAAACAGGCACUUAGUUCUCUACAUCUGCAGCUUGAAUGCCAUUGUGCUCCAUUUGCCCUCCCCCCCCCACCCCAGACUCAAAUGCCACAUCUGUUUUUACCCAGCAACCUGCAGAUGCAAAGAGCUUUCUUUUGGGGAUUAGGUACCAUGGGGCCGCUACCGGAGGACGGCGGAGAGGAGAGCGUGAUCCUGAUCAGUGACGACGAAGCUGAGGGCACACAAGGGAAUUCAGUUAUAUUUGUUGAGCCCUUGGAAAAGUCUAGUGUUGAGGAGAAGAAAUGUGAAGAGGUGGUGGAUGCAGAAUGUGAACUACUGGUUACAUUCUGCAAGCAAGGGAACGUGAUGCCUCAUGCCAGAUAUGACUGCCCGGAGCACCCAUUUGAGCGAGCAGAGUGUGAUACAAGCUCACCCCUCAAGAGAAACGCCGAUAUCUGCAGUCAGUGCUAUUGCUACAUUUGUGAUAAGCUAGCUUCUGAGUGUCAGAACUGGACAGCCCCUUCCUUCUGUCAUUCCAAUGCACACAACAAAAGCAAAUUCUGGAAGGAACAGCGUGAUUUUGCCUUGGUGGGUGUUCUUGUAAUGUUCAACCUGGACCUCACAGACAUAGAUGCAGACCUUCGACGUGGAGGUAGUCUGCUGAUAAAAUUUAUUCACAAACUGUCUGUGGAAUAUAACAAAUACCUGCUCGGUGAAAGAAUGCUUCCCAAUAGACACGAAUGUUUCUGUUAUAUAAAAUUGGCACCUGGGCAAUGCAAUAUCUGCUUGCAGCACCAGACAGAGGUCAUAUACAGAUAUUCUGCUGUUUUCACACUGGUAACGAAUUUUUUAAAUGAGGCAGACCAAGAGAAUCCCAAAACUGCUGCAGUCAUGCUUCUGGGAGCAGCCAAAGAAAUUGCACUUCAUAAGGAUCCUUCUCUAAGCUGGAGAAAUCUAGGUCAGAAUGGAUCUCUGAAGGUAGCUGUACCUUGUCUGAUGGAGAGAAUUACAACACGGCUGCAAAGGAUGCUGGUGCUAUGUGACUUCCCAAACACUUUGUAUCAGAAGUUCAUUAUUUUUUUCCAGCAUAUAUCACUUCCUUGUCACUGCUAUGCCUUCUCAAAUUGCCUAAAUGUUAUGCCAUGGGAUCACGGAUUAUUGACCACAGUCUUAAAAGGCCAGAACAUCACAGGUCAAAGAACACACAAAGGGAGGAAAGUAUCAUUGUGGGAAGCAUUUCCUGUCAUAAGGGCUCGUGUAGAAAAAUUGGAAAACCAACAACACUAUAAGGAAAUAGUUCGCUACCUGAAAGCUGUGAAAUGCAAUGACGCUCAAGGGUUAAAAAUCUUCAGAGACAGAAUUCCAUUCUAUUUGUGCAAAAUGGGGGACUUUGUUGAUGCUGCCCGCUCACUCUUCCUCCCCUUCAGUAACCUGGCAUGCUGUACAGCCUGCCGUAUAACCCCUCCCCAGUUUGAAGUCUACAUGAAGAUGUUCAAAACAGGCAGUGUUCCUUUGGGAAAUGAUCUUCGUGACUCUGGGCAGUGGACUGUCAUUGGAUCUCCUUUGAAGAACAGUGUUCUAAUUGCAAGGGGACUCAAACUCCUUUACAGCAAUUUAUUAUUGUACCGGAAUCCAAAAUGCUGGAGCACCUUCAUCAUGGUUCUGGGUAGCGGCACUACAUUGGAGAAAAAUGGACAUUUAACUCCUCUCUCGCUGAAAGAGCCACCACUUGACUUUCAAGAGAAGGUGGUCUCUGUGUGUUAUGGCCUUCUGAAUGAGCUAAAGACCAAAGUCAAUGUUUCUCUGCCGUGUAAUUUUUUCUCUAAUUCUUUCUGCCUUGAGGCUGGCCUGAUUCUCUUGGUGCAGGCAGUGAAGCAGAUGAUUCUGAGUGACCUUCCGUUCUUGAAUUCCAUUCUAGAAAUAGUAUUAGCAUUCGGGAAUAACUUCUGGGCACUGAGGCUAUUAUUAGACAGUUUCUCCUAUGAAGAAUCCAUUCUCCAUGGCACUGUCAAUCUGUUUGUCAGAGAUCUGAAUUGUAGGAAAGCUACAAUACUGACACUGGGGCAAACCGUUGGCCCUCAGUAUGUGGGUGCUUUGAUCUGUGAAUUUCUGACUUGCACCAACGUGAAGAUGCAAUCCAUUGGUGUCUUUAUCAUCCAGAUUAUAACAGAGAAAUUACAUGUGUGUCCAUGGGCGAAGCAUCUUUUCAAUGUCUUUGUAAACAGAGGACUGAGGACUUUGCCUCUCGGCCCACCAAUUGAUGGUGAAGUUGCCAAGUUCAUGGCCGUUUUGGAAAGCCUGUAAUAUAUUUCCUAAGGAAAAACAAACAGCUUCUACUUCGAAGUGCGAAGGAAUUUGCUGACUUGCCUCAAAGCACCUCCAGCAGCGCACACCUGCCAGGUUCAGUGGAGUUCUCCUUGCAUGCCUCUUCCCCUUCCUCGGUAAAAAUGAUCGGCUUGUGAGCAGAUUCUGAAAGGACCAAUCCAGGUGUAGAGCCUGGGCAUCAAACGGAAGAGAUCCUUCAGCAAAUCUCACAUAACACUCCCUGGUCUUCCAGACACAGGCAUUAGCAGUUCUUUUCAGUUUGGUUUUUAUUUUCUUGGGGUUGAGGUGUGUACCCGCUUUAACAGGAGUUGAAUAUCUUGGGGUGGAAGGAGUGACAAAUGUGUCCUCCCUUAUGAAGUGGAAUGUGUACGCUGAUGUUUGAACAUCAAAUCAGCAGUUUGGUACUUGCUGAGAAAGCAAAAGGUUCUUGGAUAAGGGAAACAGCAGAUUUACGGACAUGUGACAAUACACGGUGGUGGUAGUAAUGUAUGGAAUUCCUCUUGUAUAGAGCAUUGAACUGUGACAGUGAACCACUUUUAACUUUGUAUCAUCAUCCUCCACUUCCCAAGAUUUGUUCAAAGCUCAAAUACUCAGACAAAUUUAUUGUACUUUGAAGCAGUAAAUAGUUGACGAGGAGAGAAUUAUUUUUAAGGUUUUCCAGACUGUGGACUUCAUUUUCAUAUUUUACAACUGGGUUGCAAUUGACAGCCGUUAACCUGGUGCUACUCCUUCUCUGGGUUCCUUGAGUUGCUGUCAUAAUUUUCAUUUGAACAGUUGAUUUCUGAACUAUGUACUAAGAGACAGGUGAUUAAGGACUAAAGAGCAAUCUAGCUACACUCACCUUUCAGGGUUGGAUGUGGAGGGGGAAGAAUUUUAAUGUUGUGUGUUGUACUUUGCACAUUUUAGGCUUGCAAUGAUUCUUAUCUCAAGUUCAGCUAAAUUAUUCUUUACAAAAAUGUCUUUGUUUUGUAUUAAAAAUGUGAAUGCACAUCUGCCAACAUUUUAUAAGUGCUAAAACAUAACUCUUGUAGCAACCUUCUCUGCUGCACAUCUCUUUAAAUAAAAGGGGUUGCUUAUGAAGCA